CGAAACUCCCCGCGGACAGUAUGCCGAACAUAACGCACGUCACCAAAAUCAAAGCUCCCCUCCGCCAUGCGUGGUGGAAAGAAAGCACAGUGUACCAGAUCUACCCAGCAUCCUUCAAAUCCGCGUGCUCCAUCACCUCUUCUCCCGACUCUCACGAGAUCAAAGGCGAUCUCCGCGGCAUCAUCUCCCGUGUCGACUACCUCUCGCGUCUCGGCGUCGAUAUGGUCUGGCUCUCCCCGAUCCUCGCUUCCCCACAAGUCGACAUGGGCUACGACAUAUCCGACUACCGCCGCAUCGACCGCCUGUACGGCACCAUGGCCGACCACGACGAACUGAUUUCCGCGCUGCACGGCCGCGGGAUGAAGUACGUCAUGGACCUGGUCGUCAACCACACGUCCAAAGAGCACGAAUGGUUCCGCGAAUCCCGCUCCUCCAAGUCGUCCCCAAAGCGGGACUGGUACUACUGGCGUCCACCACGCUACCACCCGGACACCGGCGAACGCAUGCCCCCGAACAACUGGGAAUCCGUGUUCAGUGGGUCUGCGUGGACAUUCGACGAAGCCACGGGCGAGUACUACCUGCAUCUCUUCGCGCAGGACCAACCGGACCUCAACUGGGACAAUCUCGGUGUCCGAACCGCGAUCCACGAGAUGAUCCGCUUCUGGCUCGACAAAGGCGUCGACGGGUUCCGGAUGGACGUGAUCAACUUCAUCAGCAAGGAACCGGGCUUGCCGGACGCGGACAUCGUCAAGCCUGGAUUCUUGCAGCCGGGCUUACAUCGCUACGCGUGCGGGCCGCGACUGCAUGAAUAUCUGCAGGGCAUCGGAAAGAUAUUGAUAGAGUACAACGCGUUUUCCGUGGGCGAGAUGCCCGGCGUGUACGACACCCGGGAGAUCCUGAAAGGGGUCGGCCAGGACCGUGGCGAAUUGGCCAUGGCGUUCCAGUUCGAGAUUGUGAAUAUGGACGUCGACGGCAGCAAGGGGUCAAAAUGGUACCACCGGCCCUUUCAGCCGCGUGAACUGAAAGGUAUCGUGAGCAAGUGGAAUACCUUCAUGAUCGAAAACGGAGGCUGGAAUGCCGUGUUCAUGGAGAACCACGACCAGGGACGGUCGAUCAGCAGGUAUGCUGACGAGAGUGAGAGGUAUAGGUUAAAGAGCGCCAAGAUGUUGGCCGCGCAUCUGGGCUUUCAGAGCGGGACCGUCUUCGUGUAUCAGGGCCAGGAGCUCGGGCAGAUCAAUGUGCCCAGGGAGUGGGGCAUGGACGAGUACAAGGACAUCGAGGUGCUUAAUCAUUGGAAGAUGGUGCAGCAGGAGUACCCGGACGAUCUGGAGAUGCAGAGGAAGUUCCGCGAGCAGUAUCGAAGGAUUGGCCGGGACAACGCGCGCACGCCGAUGCAGUGGAACGCUGACGAGCAGACGUCCGGUGGGUUUCUGCCGGAUGAUGCGCCAAAGGACGCCAAGCCCUGGAUGAGAGUGCAUGAGGACUUCAAGGUGUGGAAUGCCGAGAACCAGGUCGCCGAUGAAAAUAGCGCGUUCAAUUAUUGGCGGCGGGUGUUCAAGUUGAGGAAGGACUUCAAGGAUGUCUUUGUGUAUGGGGAUUUCAAGAUGCUCGACGAUGAGCAUGAGUGUGUCGUCGCGUAUCUCAGGAUGGACGACUCGGUGCACAAAGAAGAGCACACGAAGAGGAAGUGUUUGGUCGUGACGAACGUCUCGGGCAAGGACCUGUGGUGGACGGUCCCUUUUCCCGCGAAGGAUAUGCUGAUCGACGAGGCUGCUGGGAUGGGGAGGUUGAGGAAAGAAGCGAUACUGGAUGAUUUGAGAAAUUAUGUCGAGAAUGGGGAGAAGGAGAACAAUGUCAGGAAAGAGAGCGACGGGCAGGGCUCGAUCAAGCUGAGGCCGUGGGAGGUCAUUGUCGCCAUGGUCUAGUCCAAGUCAAACCGAGGCGGAAUUAUCGAACCGGAACUAUUGAUACAGGACUACCGAGACGGAACUGUCGAGGCGGAAAUAUCGUGCCUCUCGGUGGGUAGAAAAGAACGAAAAGAAUGGCAGGGUGUGAGCGGAGGUGGUGGACUCUGCGACUAAUGUAAGGGUAAUUUGCUGAGAGGUGGGCCUUUCUAGAGGGAUAAG